AUGCAUCAACUGAUAUCCGGCAGCGUUUGUGGGGAAGCCAUCGGAUCCAGGUGCUCUCUAUACAAAGAAAAGCCAGAACUUUUCUUGCAGGCCACUUCUGCCGCCGCUGUUGGCAACACUUACUCCGCUGAUGACAACGCUUCUGACGCCAAUGAUGUUGACAGUGAUUCCAAGCGCUCAUUCAGUGGUCACUCUGUUGACUGUAUUGACUCGGGAAUCCCAUGUGGCUACCGAACAAUGAUCAUCACUCGCCCGAAGGUCAAGGGUGCACAAUCAUUUGCAAUCAACGGAUUCAAGUAUUCGCAGACAUCAAAGCCGCAUCCUCUCGAGUCAGCAUGGCAAGAGGCCUACCGCUAUACUCUUCGAUUGAGCCAGAAGAGGCAACGAAGGUCAAUCAUUGAGGAGUUUCCUGGGAUCGAAAACGUCGUCGAGGACAAAGCUGCCCCUGCGUUCAUCCAGUCAAUCAUUAACGCACUACCGCUACGAAUAAAAAUCGCCUCACUGGUGCGAAGGAGUCUGUUGAUCGACUGCAUUUCCGUUUUUCAGGCGAUUGUCACAAACCUUCAGCAGCCAGAGAAUGCGGCGUGCAACCGCUGUCAUUACACCGGGCAUACGCGCGACGCACUAUUCCAAAAUGUUCCAAGUGCAGUGGCCCGCAUGGUGAGCAUGCUUGCCGAAAGGAAGUCAAGUACUGCCCUCCAAUACGAAAACAAAACUUCCGUGAAGGCGCUCAAUCAGUCUGACCCAUUUCCUAUCCUCGGUGGAGCGAAUAGUGAUGCCAAUCGGGGAGAUGAUCAAGACGUGGGCACUACCGACCAGGGCAAUGCAGAGCCUGAUGACUCCAAUUGCUAA